AUGCAGCUCCCCUGCGAUGGUGCCCUGCAUUUCUUCUUUGGGGUGUCGGAACCUCGAUUGCGCCGACACUUCGGGCCGUUCACCAUCGAUGCCCGAGCCGGCAAAGUCGCACAGGCACACGGAGCGGUCUUUCCUCAGCAAAACAUUGCGGCUGCCCAGGUCGCCCUGGAUGACGCCCUUGCUGUGGAUGUACACGACGGCGCUCGUCACUUGGCGGCACCACCGCACACGCUCGGCCUCCGAGACCUGUUGGCCCUCCUCGGUCUCUGA